UAGAUAAGCCAUUGUCCAAUAAAAAGUAACUCCGCCAAAUUUGGCGAAGCUCCUCUGCUCAUGGCUUCUGUCUUAUUGGCCACCAAAAUUCCAAUUCCACACACAAGGGGGUUUGGGGACACAGCUCUCCCAUAUGAAUCACCUUUAUGUCUUAGAUGUAAAAAUUGGCGUGUUUUGGCAACUAAAGGCGUUUCCAGCAUUUGUGAACCCCUCCCACCAGAUAGGCCUCUUUGGUUCCCCGGAAGUUCACCUCCUCCUUGGCUCGAUGGCAGCCUCCCAGGAGAUUUCGGCUUUGAUCCCCUCGGUUUAGGAUCGGACCCGGAGUCGCUUCGGUGGUUUGCUCAGGCAGAACUGAUGCACGCACGGUGGGCGAUGCUAGGUGCAGCCGGGAUCCUGAUACCUGAGUGUCUGGAAAAACUGGGCUUCAUUGAUGACUACUCAUGGUACACAGCGGGAGAACGUGAAUACUUUGCAGACACCACGACCCUGUUCGUGGUACAAAUGAUCCUAAUGGGUUGGGUCGAGGGGCGGAGGUGGGCUGACUUUAUUAAGCCCGGGUGUGUAGACAUUGAGCCAAAAUACCCAACUAAGAAGAAUCCUAAGCCCGACGUGGGGUACCCUGGCGGCUUGUGGUUCGACCCUUGGAUGUGGGGUAGGGGAUCACCUGAACCUGUGAUGGUGUUGAGGACUAAGGAGAUUAAGAAUGGUAGACUUGCCAUGCUUGCUUUCCUUGGCUUCUGGUUUCAAGCUGUAUACACUGGUGCAGGGCCACUGGACAACUUAGCCGCGCACUUGGCCGAUCCCGGGCACGUGAACAUUUUCUCGGCAUUGUCGUCCUCUUGAUGGUUGGUGCUCCCUUCUCUCUCCAUGAAUCUCAAUUUGGAAAAAACCAUUCAAAAUUUUCAAUUUAGCAACUCAAAAUGUAUCUAACAUGGAAAGUAACCCCUACUCUAAAUGGUAAGGUUCUUGUGCGGCUGCAGUUUCAAUGCUGCCGCACCUUGAAGCCCCUCUUGGUGAUAGAUUUAUGACUUGAAAGUGUUA